AUGACGCCAACAUGGACUCCGGACAACAUGCCCGACUUGAAGGGCAAGGUGGUUGUUGUAACUGGCUCUAAUAAAGGGCUUGGUAUUCAUACGGUUAAACACCUUGCUAAACACGGAGCCAAAGUUUACUGUGGCGCCCGAUCAAAAGAAAGAUUCGACAAAGCUCAACAACAGCUCUUGGAAGAGGAUACGAGCUUCCCUCUUGAGCGUCUCGUUUUCUUGAAAUUAGACCUUGGGAAUAUCGAUAGUGUGAUGGAUGCUGUGAAGGAAGUAAAGGCAAAUGAAAGCAGCAUCCAUAUUCUGAUAAACGGCGCAGGAAUGGUUACAGGUCAUUCCAGCAAGGAAAGUGAAUGGGAUGAGGUUAUGACAGUCAAUUAUAUCGGACACUUUGUUCUCACAAACGGACUAUUCCCCCUUUUGAAGGCAGCAUGCGCGGAGAAGAAUUCGGAUGUUCGGGUAGUUUCGAUUGCUUCCAACACACCUGGAAUAUUCCUACCCAAGAAUUAUGAGUUUGGCUUGACUACUCCCACCUGCUUUCACAAGGUCGUCCCAUACUAUCCUUGGCGGUGGCAAUACUUUCACAGUCUAGUCUUCGGGAUGGACAUGGUCCACUACAGCAUCGCCAAAGUAGCCACCACGUUGUUCAUCAAGGGACUUCAACAGCGCAUCGACGAGCAUAACCUACCUAUCCUCUGCCUUAGUCUGAAUCCAGGGGGAGUGGCGACAGAGGGUGCAGAAGACAUUCUGAAGCCGCUAUUUCGGCCUCUUCUUCGACUUGGUCGAUUGACACCGGAUCAAGGAUCAUAUCACUCUCUUUGGGCGGCUACAGCUAAGGAGCCUCGAGAGAGUCCUGCGGAAUUCAAGGGGAAUUAUCUCGAGCCAGUUGGGGUCAUCACAACGCAACACCCGGUAAUGGAUGAUGAAAAACAACGCCAGGGACUUUGGGAAGUCACGACAACCGAGGUUAAUAGGUACCUCGACUCUCGAGGCUUGGGAUCUUUGCUAGAGUGGAAAUGA